AUGCCAACAUGGAAUUCGAUGAACCAACCUGCAGAUGUGUUUGAUCAUGAGUGGCCACCCGAAGAUGUUGAUGAGUAUGAGAAUCACUACUUUGAGGAGGAAUGGCCCCUAGGUGAAACAGACCUGCAUGACGACUUAGAUGAUCCGAUCCAGGCCCCGCAGUCUUUCAAUGUGAAUGAGCCCAACCCUGGUAGACCUGACGUGCCAGUUGUGGCUACUCCAAGGCUGUCUUGGUGUUGUCUGAGGUGUGAUGCAUCUAACUAUGAUUGGAACCCGGAGGCAGAGAACUGGCAAUGCACUGAGUGUAGUGGCACUGAAUUCUAUAAGACAGAUCGCCCCACGAAGAUCGUGCGUGAGCAUGGUUCUUGGUUGUAUCUCCCAUUUGGUCACGAUGCCCCUGCUUCAUCGUCACAGAAGAGAAGGCGAAGGCGUAUGAGAGGCAAGUAUGAUCCAUCUGGUGAUGACUCACUGCCCCGUGAAACUGCAGAGUCACAAGUUCCAACCGCUGACCCAGUUGUAGAGGUUGAGCCGAGACAGACUCAUGCGGCUCAGCUUCCACUUGGAUCUCAUAGACAUGACCUACCAGCCACUCGUAGAUCGAUUCAUGCAUCUCCUUCUGCCAAGACUUCGGAUGAGCGUUUGGUGGCAGCACUCACCAAAGCUUUGGACAAGAAGAGCGACUCCGAGGAGUGGUCAUCCUUGAAGGGCCCCUUCAAAGGAGUUCGAUGGCGCGGUGGCACUCCACCUCACCCGCCAACAUGGAGCUAUGACAAAGACGACUUGAGAGCCUACAACAAGUAUGUCAAGAAGGUAGAGAUUUGGAUGCUGCAAGUGGCACCCUACAUGACUAAGAAAGAGGCUGCGCUGCAACUCUAUGGAGCCCUCCAAGGAGAAGCAGAGCAAGAGCUUGAACACACCCCAGUCUCCGAAAUCUACUGUGAUGACGGAGUGCAAAAGAUUCUGAGCGCUCUUCAAGCUCCAAUGGAACAGAAGCAGAUCUACCAGAAGCGUCGAUAUCUCCAUGAAUUUGAGAACCUUCGGCGAAAUCAUGGAGAAACACUUCGUGCGUAUGUCAAUAGAUUUCGAAGAGUCCAGAGGUCUCUGCGAUCAGUUGGCAUAGAAGUGUCGUAUACAUACGACUCAGAAUCACUUGGUGCUCGACUUCUAGACAGGAGUGGGCUGAGUCAUGAACAGCAGCGCAUGUUACUUGUGGGAACAAGUCAGAGUCUUGCUUUUGAUCAGUUGGCAGAGGCAAUGGUUCUCCAAUUUCCUGACUAUCGAGGUGCACCACCGAUUCUUGGAGCCAAUGGUAGAGAAGUUUCAAAGGGUUCUUCCAAAGGAAAGCCUUCAUCCUCUCCGAGCUCUACGGCAAGUUCGUCGAGCUCUACUACCAAUUCACACACCUCCUAUCGAACUUCGUCCACUGCCCUCAGUAGCUCGUCUGGCAAAGGUGGCAGUGUUAAAAGAGCCUUUGUUGCGGAAGUUGAACAGCCAGCCAAUGAUGACACACCCGAGAAUCUUGAGACUAUUGAUGAAGAACCGCAAGCAGAAGAAGAAGCUGACCAAUCAGCUGACAGCGAACACACAGCCCAAGAAGGUGAUGAUCCUGAUCUCUCAGAACUAGCCGAAGUCCUCACCAUCACUGCAAAGAAGUUGAGUGGUUUGACGCUUGGUCGAAAGUGGGCCAAGUCUAAGCCUUCUGGCCCUAGAGAUCGUGCGAGUCCAUCGGAUGCCAAGAAGCACACUCAUUGCAGUGCUUGUGGUGCCAAAGGCCAUUGGUAUCAGGACCCAGAGUGUCCCAAGAACCAAGGCACUUCUUCUAGGACUCUGAAAUCCUUUUGCCUUCAAUCUCGUGUCCGAGCAAUGCACCAGCCUCCACCAGCAUGGUUGGCGUCAUGGCGUCGGAUAGUGCUCAUCAUCAAGAACGUGUUCAAGGUCUUCAUCCGCCAAGCUGUGUGUCUCAUCAAUCUGAGCCUAAUGCCCCGAGACGUACUUCAAGCACUACCACCACAAGUGAGCAUCAGAGCCAGUCCAGACACAUGCGAUCACUUCCAGUGCAAGAGGUACGGCAAUCCACGAGGCAGAUUUGCACAGUGCCUUCAAUGCCUGACCAAGUGGAAGUGGAACGAAGCCCUCGAAAAGUGGCAGCCUCAUGGACCAAGCGCACACUCUUCGCGAUUGCGACCUUUGCCACCACCAUCUUCGGCAACGAUCGCAACUUCAGCGCCAUCUUCAACAGCGGCGACACGUGCAGCCACGUCCAAAGCGAAAGCCAAAGCCACACCGGGACCCACUUCCAACACGUCAGCAGGCCCUCAGACUCAAUGGACAUCCUUCGACGACAUGGAGCUCCACAUGGACCACUUGACGGAGGAGGAGCAAGUGGAAGUCAUGCAGAUCAUGAUCCAAGAGAGUCCCAUACGCGCACUCCAAAUGGGCACUCACAACUGGAUGUGGGAGGCUUGGGCCAACGACCCAGGCCACGAGGAGGAUCAUCAGAGGGUGGAGCUGCAGGCAGAUCAGAAGCGAUGGGACAGACUCAUCGAGUUGGGAGUGAUCCAGAAUCCGGACAGCGAGAUCUACGACUUCGAGUGGAACGAGGUGGAUCCAUGUGAAGCCCUGUCCACGAAGCUCGCCCCUGAGUAUGACCUGGAUGUCCUCCAACCGUAUGACUUGAUCUAUGGACAGGACUUCAUGAAAGAGGAAGUGCAAAACAACAUUUUCAAGACCUUGAGACGGUUUCGUCCUCUCCUUACUUUGAUGGGACUGGACUGCCGUCACUACAACUUGUUCCAGCUUCAACAAGGUGACGCUCCACUGAGACAGAUGGCAGCAUCAGUGGCAGAAGAGCAGUUGAAGAACAACAGAUACUUUCUGAUGCGGUCAGAAGUGUGGGAGACCCCAGAGAUGGAACGGUUGAAACAACUUCCUGGAGUAUGGACGGUAACAUGUGAUUCAGGAGUUUUUGGGCUUAUGGUUCACGGUCACAAUGUUGCAAAACCAAUCACCUUCAUCGGUAACAUUCCAGGUCUUGAUGAGCAACUUUCUCGAAGACUUCUCCCAGAACAACGACAACAAUGCACACCCAUUCAAGGGAAGCUCACUCGUGCUUCUCAGGCCUAUCCUGAGGAACUCUGCAGAACAAUUCUGGAAGCUCUGAGACGAGUUGCUCGCGAGCUACAACCUCAGCGCUUCUGCACUCGACAGCGUGGAGUCCAUCAAGCACUACCAGUCCAACAACCAACGACUGAUCUGGCAGCUUGGGACUCCGUGUAUCAACAUCUUGAUGCAGCGUUCAGCCAAUCAAGCAAACGACCCUUCCUGAUCGCCACCAACAGCGAGAUGGGGAAAUACAUUCAAUCACUUUUCAGGAUUGACGCCAUCAAGAUCCAAGCAGUUGCGAGCCCAACUACCAGGCGCAUUCCCAGCAAUGUUGACGAAUGGUCGACUAGAGCAUGUUGUCUCUUCUUUGCAGAUGAUGAUCGCAAAGUAGAAGUGGAAGACCUAGACAAUGUGAGGUUUCCAAAGCAGAAGUUCCACAAGACUGUCAGAUACGCAGUGUUUGCUUAUGGUGCCCGACGAGAACUGCCAGCAACGUCGGAACAGCAGCAACCUGAGCAAACAGAACCUGGACCAGCGAUUGUCCCUGGAUUGCCCACCGACAUCGACUUUCCAGGUACGUCUCAGCAGUCACUGUCCCAAGAGGUGAAGCGUACUGUCGCACGACUACAUCUCAAUUUGGGACAUCCAACAUCACAAGAACUAUGUCGACUGUUGGCUUACGAAGGCAACGUUCCAGACAUGGUUUAUCAAGCAGUUCGGCAUCUACGAUGCGCCACUUGCGAAAGAUUGAAACCACCACAAAAACCAAGGCCUUCAACAAUGCCUUCAUUGACAGUGGGACAGUUCAACGAUGAGCUGCAGGCAGACAUAUGCUACUGCCGUACUGUUACAGCCACCACCUUCAUGAUUUUGGGCGUAGUUGAUAGGGCCAUGGGAUUGCACCAAGCAGGCAUUCUCGACGACCGAAACAGUGAAACAUGUUUUCAGCUUCUCCAUGAUCUUUGGCUUCGACCCUUUGGUUUGCCUCUACGUCUUCUUUGUGAUCCUGAUCCUUCCUUCAAGGGCAUGUUUCAACAUAGAGUUCAGGCGAUAGGCAUCCACCUGGACUACUGUCCACCAGAAGCUCACCAUAUCAUCGGCAUGAUAGAGCGACGGAACUCAGUGCUGAGGUUGAUCUUGGAAAAGCUGAUAGAUCAAUUUGCUGUUGACAUUCCAGAACGGUGUCAAGUUUUGGUUUCUGCAGCAUGCCAUGCCAUCAACUCACAGAUCCAAACUCAUGGAAGAAGUGCUUACCAGGCAGUUUUUGGAAGGCAGCCCAGGUUGCUAGAUAGCAACUUCAACGACCCAAUGAUCCUGGCCACAUCAUCCUCAGCCAUCAGGGAUGAGACCAAUCCAGGACUACGAGCUGACCUUGUUAGAAAUGAGGCCAUCAAGACACUCCACAACCUCGACGUUAGCCAGCACUUGCGUCGAGCUCUCUUGCGGAAGACUCGCAAGACCAACAUUGCAGAUUUGCAGCCAGGACAGAAGUGUGCAUUCUGGCGAUGGAGCCGAAGAGGUGGACCUCGUGGACCUCGUAAGAGAGGAACUUGGGUGAUAGGCAGAUUCUUGAGUUGGGACCCAUCUCACCCAGGAAAACAAGCUUGGAUUCGAAGUGGUGCAACAACAAUCCUAGCCACCGCAGAGCAAAUUCGAGCUGCUUUUGGGUUCGAAGAUUGGGCACCAGAUCCCCAAGAUAUCGCAGCACUAAAGAAUGCGUCUACAAGCUUUACAGACCAGCUACUCGAUGACCGGGGUCCUGAACCACCAGACCUGAACAUCGAGGAUGAUGACAUCUUUGACCCUGAGAGUGCUGCCAUCCCACCAACACCAUCAAUGAUGGUACCUGCCACACCAGUUCCACAGACCGAACCACCAGCCAAGCCAGCAUCAUCCUCGAUGCAGCCUCGACAAUCAGAUACUGUCAUACAACAACAGUCCACCAUUCAGGUGAACAUUGACAGUCCUACACAUAUCACCAACAAGACGAUGCAGUUUCAACGCUUCGGAGACAUACCAACCCGAAGCAGAAAGCACAGGUCACGAACACCAAACUCCCGGAGGACAGAGGUGCGUGAUAAGCCAGUUUCACAACCACCAGCUGAACUACCACCAGCUGAAGCACCAACAAUUUUGCCGCCUGCCGCGACAAUGACUGAUGAACAACCAUCAACAUUGACUUUGCCGCAGCCAACCGAGGAGCAACAAUCCCUCGAACAUAUGCCACCGCAGACAGUUUCACAAUUCCUUGGACAAGGGGACACCAUUUUGGACCCCACAGAGCCCGAGCAACACCAACCAGGCCCAACACAAGGGUCUACGGCUCAAAGUUCGGCUUCUCAAACAAUGCAACAUGAUGUGGUGCCAGAAACACCACAAGUGAUUGAGGUUGAAGAUGACUCCACGGACAACAUGUUACCACAGAAACGAACAUUUGACAGCCUCAUCACAUUGCGACCACUGGGGCACAACAAAAUCCAACGAGUCAGUAGCCAAUGGGAUGGAUCACCACUGAUUGGAUUCGGCCCCAAGAGCAAUAGGUACCACAAAGCAUACUUGACAACACAUCAGAGAAAACAAGACGUUUUGCAAGAGAACAAGCCACCUGAGGAGCCAGACACAACUGACGACUCUAGCUCGGAUGAGACCGAGCAAGUCAACAAGCCCCAAACAAUGCAGCUAGCACUCAAAACGAGCAGCAAGCAAAAGCAAAGUGGCAAGACAGCACUGCAGCCAAUGCAACCAGCCUACAAGCAAGGCAUGACACGACAAGAAGUCAAAGCACUGGAUCGCGAGAUUCCAUGGAGAACCAUCCUCUCCAUGCCUCCAUCCUAUGUCGACAAGUUCCUGGCCGCCAUCGACAAGGAGGCGGUGGCCUGGCAACAAUGGCAAUCAGUAGAACCCCUGUCUGACAAGCAGGCUCAAGAAGUGUUCAGUGACCCAGUGUUGUCUAAGAGAAUAUUGCCCAGCCGGGCAUGCUACAGAGACAAAGCUUGCGGCAUCGGUGAUGUCGUUGCCAAAUGCCGAAUCGUGGCCUUAGGCCAUCUUGACCCUGACCUGCAACAGUUGUCCAGGAAUGCUUCAACCCCUGGAAGAAUCGCCGAGCACAUCAUGUUCCUGAUGAUAGUAAGUGGAUCCAACAGGUGCUUGUUUGAUACUCAACAACUUUGGAUCACUUGGAUUGGAGACGCAAAGACAGCGUUUCUCCAAGGAGUUCAAGACCCUCAGGAACGAGAUGGACCUUUGUUCAUGCGACCACCAAGGGACGGCCUUAUCAGCCGUACAAAUCACUGGACAGCCGCACUAUACAGGAUAAGGGGGAACGUGUACGGCCUUGCAAAUGCACCAAUUACCUGGCAACGUGAAGUAUGCCGCCGACUCGCCCAUUUGAAAUUUACUCAACACAUGUUUGACAAGCAGCUGUACGUCAAAUACACCGACUCUGGUGAAGUGCAAGCAGCAGUCCUAGUCUAUGUUGACGACUUCGUAGGAGUUUAUCGACAAGACUUUCCCAUUCAACAAGUGUAUGAUCUUUUUCAAUGGGGAUCUCGACAAGAACUGGAAGUGGGCAAACCAGUGACUUUUAAAGGCAAGGAGUUGACCCUCAUAGAAGACAAACACGGCAAGAUCAACCUUCAUAUCACUAUGAAGAAAUUCAUUCAAGGACUCGAUACUGCAAAGGUCAUCAGAGGCCGCAACACAGACGACCACUUGAAUGAGCAUGAGCAGAAAGAACUAAGAAGCGUGUGUGGAUGUCUUCAAUGGCUUGCAACUCAAUGCAGACCAGAAGUGGCGGCAUCAGUUAGUCUCGUGCCUCACGGUGCUGCUCCGUUAGAGAGCAUUCGUUGGGUUCCAACGCAGUACCAGUUUAGCGAUGGCUUGACCAAAGUUGAUGCAAAACUUCGUGAGAACUUUUCAAAGUGGCUGAAAGUGCAGCUGGCCAAUGCUGUCGCUCAGGAGCUGGAGGAUUGGUCCCGCGUUGCUGCGCCUGAGCUACAGAAGCUCGACGCUGCAGGCGAAGCGAAGGCUCCCGUGGUUGAAGAGAAACCAGCCAAGGAGCUCAGUAAGAAGGAGAAGAAGAAACUGAAAAAGGAGCGGAAGAGAGAAAAGAAGGCACGAAAGGAUGCCAAGAAAGCUGAGAAGGCUUUAGCAAAGAUUGAGAAAGCCGCUCAAGAGGCCGAGAAUGUGGUGAAACGCUCCACCGAGGAAGAAGCCCAGGCGGCCAAGCAGAUCGCUGAGAUUACAGCUGAGAUUGAAGCGGCGGAGGCCGCCGCGGCCGAAGCGGCCGAAAGUUCCUCGGAGGAUGCGGAGAUGGUAGCCAAGGCCCAACGGCUACGGGCCCAGCUGAACGAAGCUUACGAGAUCUCGGCACAGGCGGCGCUGGCGGCCGCCCAAAAGGCUGAGGCGGCCGUUGCCUCGGUCUCCCGCAAGCGAAAGAAGUCCUCGUCCUCUUCGGACAGCUCGGACUCUUGA